AGUAGCUUGUGCAAACUCCGUCUAAUACUCUGUCGACGUUAUCAAGAAAUUUGCGAAAAAGUAGAAGUUGUUGUUAAUGUUAUGUCAUUAGAUAAAAACAAUAUUCGUGUUGUCUGUGCAUAUAUUUACAAUGGAUUUAAAAUAUUCCAUCCUUUUAUUGAUAUUAUCUCAUCAUUUAGUUUUAUGCGCGGCUAGAACGUCUGAUUGGUCGUAUUCGGGGGAGCAUGGUCCGACAUAUUGGCCAGGUCUAUGCGUGACUGGAAAGAAACAAUCACCGAUAAACAUCGUCACUGAAGAUACCUUCAAUACAGACAUUGGUGAACUUAAAUUCAUAAGAUACGAUUUUGCGUUUGAAUGCAAAAUCACGAACAAUGGUCAUUCUGUACAACUUCAAUUAUCCGGUGUACCGGUUCAUCUCGAAGGGGCAAAUCUUGAAUCCACAUAUAUCCUGGAGCAAAUACAUUUUCAUUGGCCUGCCGAGCACACCGUGGAUAACAAUCGCGACGCAUUAGAGUUACAUUUCGUGCAUUACAAGGAACAAUAUGGGAAUACAAGCGCUGCGUCCAAGCACGAGAAUGGAAUUGCCGUUGUCGCCACGUUAUUCGAGUUGGAUAACGAAGACAAUAUGGAGAUAACGCCAAUACUGAAAGCAACGGAAUUAAUAUCUAACGGAAUCGGGAAGAGUGCAGAGUUAAAUGAAAGCAAGUUUAUCCCUUCUCUAUUUUUACCCAAGGAUCAUACAACGUAUUAUCAUUACGAUGGAUCUUUAACUACUCCUGGAUGCCAAGAAACAGUGAUGUGGUAUAUCCUUACUGAAAAAUUGUCGGUAUCGGAACAGCAGUUAAACGUUUUUAAAAGUGUAGAAACAAGCAAUGGCACUUUGAGUUUCAAUUACAGGCCGACUCAAGCAAUUGGAGAAAGGACAAUUUAUCACCAUCUGCUUGGAUAUUCUACCGCAGGUAUUGUUUCUUGCAAUUUACUUAAUGUACACCUUGGUCUUUUCCUAACUAAAUUUUUAUUGUACAAUUAAAUUUAAAAAAAAAAUUUUUAAUCAAUCUUA